CUCCGCUAUAUAUACCAUGACUGGCAACGUCUGAUCAGAUAGCUCUGGUCUCAACGAAGAGAAACCCCUGCAAUAGCCAUAGAAUCAUACACGUGGGCUCGGAGCAAAGAGUGUAAGUAAUUGCCUGACCUAAAAAUGAAGAUAUACCUCCGUAAGCCACUUCCACGAGUAGUACAGAAUGGCCGACGAUUCAAGGAUACAGGUAAAUUGUAGGCCAGGGGGAGAAGUAAGCUUAUUAUGUCCUACACUGGAGUUCUAGAACGACUGUGCCUCUCGAGCUCCUAGUCUCUGUUGCUGCAGAUGUGUAUAUAGAAGAUGGCCGCAUGUAUUCAAUAUUGCAGUACGACUUCGAAUUUUGAUUGUCGGGAGUUUCUUGCGUCAAGAUGUUUCUCAGUACUCGCGCUUGUCUUGCCCUGAUAUGGGCAUGCUUUUUUUCUCAUGUUCUUACACUCUCUAGCUCGGUCCACUCAGGACAUUCUACUUCUGUUAAGAGACAAGAUACAGUCACUCCCUUUGCUACACCUGAAAAUGCAACAACGAGCGACGUCGAAGCAGCGCGGUUAAUUGUCAAAAAUGCCAUCUCUAAGAUGACUGAGCUCAAUAAAGCCCGCCUCGCGAUGCCGGCUAGGAACAACUUCAAUUUGAAACCGGGCACCAGAGCAUCAAAGCGAGAUGUAGAGCAGCCCCCUCCCCUGUUGAACAUCACAGACCAAAUAGCUCAGGCAGCUGCUCUACUGGCUGAAAUAGACACCGACCCAAGUUUGGAGUCAAACUCGACUCUCAACCGACGAGCUGGAACUUUUUGGAUGGAAGCCCUUAGUCGAAAAGGCACCUUGCCAUGGGGAAAUGAUAACACAUACAAGGUCUUUGUGAAUGUGGUUACGGACUUCAAAGCAGACCCCACAGGGAAAACAGACUCGACAAAGGCGAUUCAGGACGCCAUUGAUUCAGGCAAGAGAUGUGGCGCAAAGUGUAACGGAUCGACGACCAAGAACCGGAUCGUGUACUUUCCCCCUGGGACAUAUAAGGUGUCUAGCUCCAUCAGCGUUUAUUUUGGUACCCAAAUAAUUGGGGACGCAAACAGUUGGCCGACCAUCGUUGCAGCGUCAAGCUUCGUUGGUCUUGGAGUUCUAUCAACCGAUGUUUACGUGGAAAAUGGUGGCGUUGGCCCGGACGGCAAUUCUUUGCAAUGGUACAUUAACACAGCACGUUUCUAUGGUCAGAUUCGCAACAUCAGGAUCGAUAUCCGGGCAACGGAUCCAGGUGCCUACGUAUGCGCUCUUCAUUACCAAGUAGCUCAGGCGACUACAGUUGAAAAUGUUGAGCUCAUUGCCAACUCAGCCACAACUCAACAAGGCAUGUUCGCAGAGAAUGGGAGCGGUGGUGUCAUGUCAGACAUAACUUUCACUGGUGGCAAUUUUGGGAUCUAUGGCGGUGCUCAACAGUUCAGUACAUCUCGUUUAACUUUUAACGGAUGUAAUACCGCAGUCCAGAUGAUCUGGAAUUGGGGUUGGGUCUGGAAGAGUAUUACUGUCAACAAUGCCAAAGUUGGCUUCCGACUUUACAACGAUGCGGACGGUUCUAUUCCGGGCUCUGUGACUAUUAUGGAUUCCGUCUUCUCAAACAUCGCCGAGUCUGCAAUUGAAAUGGCAGUUUCUAAGGAUGUAGUUGACAGCGGCUUCACCGGGCUUGUCUUGGACAACGUUCGGCUUGGAGCAAAGAUCAAAGAUCACUGGAGUUCGGCCCAGAUUCUUGCAGCAGGUUACUACAAAUACUAUGUCAUGGGCUCAACUUACACGAACAAUAAACGGUCGUGGACGGUCGGAUCCAUGGACUACACCCGCGAGGCCACUCUUCUCGGAUCGACUGUCUCUGGUCUUACCGUGGCUCCCUACUUCGAGAGAAAGAAAAACCAAUACACAGACAAGACCGCUUCGGACUUCGUCCAUCUCAAAGAUUUUGCUACUGGCGAUGGCUCCACAGAUGACACAGCAAAGGUCCAGCAGACAUUCAACACUUAUGGCAGCGGCAACAAGAUUAUAUUCGUCGAUUCGGGCACUUACAUCAUCAAAAAUACGGUCACAAUCCCGAAAGAUGCCAAAAUUGUAGGAGAAGCCUGGUCGCAGUUUGCUGCCAGUGGCUCUGCGUUCUCGGAUGCAAGCAAACCUAUCCCUAUGUUCAAGGUCGGAAACGAGGGAGAUGUUGGCACAGUUGAGAUGCAAGACUUGAUUUUGACCAGCAAAGGUCCAACUCCGGGUGUCAUUCUGAUGCAAUGGAAUGUCCAGGCCUCUAGUAAAGGAUCUGCUGCUUUAUGGGAUGUACAUGUUCGCCUUGGAGGUGCCACAGGUACACAAUUGACACCAGCUGAAUGUCCACCGAUAAAAACAGGGACCAAUCCGUCUAAAUGUCAAGUGGCCAGCAUGCUUCUUCACGUCACAAAGAAAGCAUCGGGGUAUUUUGACAACAUGUGGUUGUGGGUAGGCGACCACCAGAUUGACGAUCCUCUUCUUAACGACGCGUUGAACAACAUGGAUCAAAUAUCGGUAUACAGUGCCCGUGGUGCGCUUAUAGAAAGUCAGAAAGCUACUUGGCUAUACGGCACCGCUUCCGAGCAUAGUGUGUACUACCAGUACAACUUCUACCGCGCUCAAAACAUAUUCACGACUUUUCUACAGACAGAAUCCGCCUACUAUCAGCCGACACCAAAGCCCCCUGCUCCUUUCCAGAACGUAGUUGGCACUUUCGCGAACGAUCCUGAUUAUUCUUGCAAAGGCGGCGAUGCCGACGGUUGCGAUGAAUCAUGGGCUGUCAUCAUGAAAGAAUCACAAAAUAUACACAUCGGGGCGGCAGGUACUUACUCGUGGUUCAGCAGCUACACCCAAGACUGCAUUGAUAAGCAUGCUUGUCAAAAGGCUCUUUGGUUGAUAGAGAAGAACUACAACAACAACAGAAUCCAGAAUAUCAUUGGUAUUGGUGCCAAAAACAUCAUUGUUUCCACUUCCGGGACAGCCAUCUCCGCGGUGGAUAAUUUGUCGGUUUCCAAACAUCCCGCCUGGUCACACAUCUCGGUGUACAAUGUACCCUCUUCUGGAACGGCCCCCCUUCCAGUAGAGUGUCUGGACUCGAAUCGGAUGUACAGCUCAGAGAACGUGCCGCAAGGUGAAAUAGAGAUCUGGACCAACGACGGCACGGUACUGAAUCACGCCGAAGACACGGAUGGUCACCAAUGGGUAACUAUUGUAAAUCUCACACCAUACAAGAUGAUCCAUAUAGCUAGUCCAACACCAUAUCAAUUCUCAGCAUGGGACUUUGGUGAUAUACCUUCAGGGAAGGCAAGGAAGAACGAAGCAACCUACGAUCUCGGUCUCAACGUGGGUAGCUUUGUAGAUAGCAACGGCUAUGCCAAUUAUCAACUCGAGGGCACGAGCAAAACUUUCCAAGUCCACGUCACAACGCACAUUCCCGACUCAUAUGAGCGACGGGUUGUUUUCGACCUUGGUGGAAUGGGUAUGGGCUGGCGAGAACUGGGGUUCCCUGGUGAGAGGGUCAGUGUCGCGUUGAUCAUCACUGGAAGCGAGGAUUUUGGCUACGUCAACUCUCUCCAGCUUAACGAUGUUGCAUGGAUGAAGAAAAUGUACAACAUCAUCAAGGAUCGUGACCUCCGUCAUGUUGUAGUCCCCGGUUCUCACGACGCUGGUAUGAGCCGUAUCUCGGUCAACUCCGGAUGGAAUGGACUUGGUACUUCUGCCAACACAGCAACCCAGAGCUUGGACCACUACAAUCAACUGAAGGUUGGCACGAGAUACUUUGAUAUGCGUAUCGUCACCGUCAAUGGAGGAAGCUUCUGGGCUGCCCAUGUCAACGAGGAAGUUACCGCAGCUCCUGUUGGCGCGACUGGUGAAUCUUUGGACGACUUGAUAGCUGGCGUCAAUCGUUUCACGACUGACUACCCUGGUGAAGUAAUUGUUUGGGCCAUUAGGUCCAUGGUUGACCUCGACAAUGGAAAGCUGACAACUGAGAACGACCGGUACUGGAGCGCAGACAAGGUCAACGAGUUCUACACCAAGCUAGAGUCAAUCAACAACCGAUGUAUAGGCUUGAGCAGUAGCCCAUCUCUGGACCAGCAGCCGAUCAAGAACUUCUUGGAUAAGAACGGAGGCAAAGGUUGCGUUCUGCUCCUUACAAGUGGGAGACUGAAGUCUGGUCUCCCGACAGACCGCGUUGGGUCUGGUAUCUACAGCCGUGGUGGCUAUCUGAACUACGAUGAUUAUUGGGCACAAGAACAGUACACUCAGCAGAAUGCCGACAAACAAGUUGCCAGGAUGGAGGGUCAUUCCCGCGACGAUGGGAGUCCCACUGGAACCACCUCAGACAACUAUUGCAUCAUGCAGUGGCAAUGCACCCCCUCUGCUAUCGACGUCUCGAUCCCACCACCAACUCUACAGCUGAUUGCAAACCAAGAGACCAACCCUGCUCUCUACCAUUAUGGCGUUCAGAAAAUGUCACCCGAGCACUUCCCCACGGUCAUCCUCCACGACGCCGUUGGCCUCUUCCACGUCAGUGACCUCGACGAGUCGGCCUACAAUCCGAUGAUGCAGACUCUCUCUAUCGGUCUGAACCUGUACAUGGUCCCUCAAAAUUGCAAAGUCAGCAACAUCAAACACCCGUUGCUGGCAAAACCACAGCAGGCACUGGCGAAGGUAAUGACCAACAACGGAUUUACGGUCUUCACUGGCGUUAUCUUUGCGAAUGGUACGGUGCUUGAGGAUACCCCCCCGGACUUUUGCCGCACUUGUACUUUCAACGAUACUUCGGCCAUCGAUCAUCCGCCUUCCAAUGUGACCUCGAACAGCACAAGUACGGUUGAAAAUCGGUUCCGCAGAGCUACUCUCUACUGAUGAAGGAUGAUGAUGGAUAAUGAGUCGGGAUAUUUCAAUCUCGUGUCAAGUCGGGUAUAUGGAUGCAGUAGGCGAGCCUCUUCCGACUUCUAAGAAAUGUUUUCUUUUGUACCAAUUUGCUUCUCUUCACUUCAAAAGUUAACUAUAGUGUAUUAAGCUACUAUAUGUUUCAAGCUUGAGACACGAAAUUGCACGAUAUGAAUAUACUGCUACA